AUGGAGAAGUUAGCAUUUGCGCUGACUAUUGCUUCCAGAAAGCUACGCUCGUAUUUCCAAGCUCACACUAUAAGAGUCUUGACCGAGUAUCCAUUGAAGAAACAUGCAUUUGUGACUGAUAAUGGGAAGCAAUUUGACUGCGAGUCAUUUCGAGAAUGGUGUGCAAAGGUUAAUAUAAGAAACUACUACUCAUCUCCAGCUCAUCGCCAGACAAAUGGGCAAGUAGAAGCUACCAAUAAGACAAUUUUCAAAGUUCUGAAGAUGAAACUUGGAAAUCGAAAGGGUGAUUGGGCGGACGAUCUUCCAGAAGUCUUGUGGGCAUACCGAACAAUGAAAAGAACACCCACCGAGGAGACCCCGUACACCUUGGCUUUCAGGACUGAGGCAGUCAUACCAGCCGAGGUGGGAUUGGGUAGCUACCGAGUCGAGACUUUUCAUCCCAAGACUAAUGAUGAGGGUCUCAAACUACAUUUAGACUUGUAA